UAGAAUGAGUUCGUCGUCUUCUUCUGCUGCUGCUGUUUCUGCUGUCAAUGGAGGUGGGGAGGGUGACUCAGUCCUAAAUAGCACCCCCAAGUACAAACUGUGUUGCAUAGGGGCUGGGUAUGUGGGGGGACCCACUUGCAGUGUCAUUGCCCUCAAGUGUCCGGAGAUUCAAGUGACUGUGGUGGAUAUCAACAAGGACAGAAUCGAUGGAUGGAACUCAGACACUCUUCCCAUAUUCGAGCCUGAUCUGGACAACGUGGUUAAGCAAUGCAGAGGGGUUAACCUAUUCUUCUCAACUGACGUGGACACACAAAUAGCACAAGCAGACAUCAUCUUCAUGUGUGUGAACACUCCAACCAAGUCAUUCGGAAUGGGAUCCGGAAGAGCAGCCGAUCUGAAGUUCAUUGAGUUGUGUGCGAGAAGGAUAGCGGCUGCGGCUACGAGUGACAAGAUAGUGGUUGAAAAGAGCACAGUCCCUGUUAGAUGUGCAGCAAAUAUCAAACGGAUUCUGGCUGCAAAUAGGAAAGAAAACUGCAAGUUCCAGGUGCUAUCCAACCCAGAGUUCCUAGCCGAAGGCACAGCCAUAGCAGAUCUGCUCAAUCCAGACAGGGUGCUCAUAGGAGGGGAGGAACAGACGAAAGAGGGAAGACAGGCGAUUGAUACGCUGGCCUGGAUUUACACUCAUUGGAUACCACCGGAGAGGAUUAUUAAGACGAACACUUGGUCCUCAGAGCUGUCUAAAUUGGCAGCCAAUGCCCUCCUGGCCCAGCGUAUCUCCAGCAUCAAUGCCAUAUCCGCCAUCUGCGAGGCCACAGGCGCUGACGUCACUCAAGUGUCACAUGCAGUCGGAUUCGACAAGAGGAUAGGCGACAAGUUCCUACAACCCAGUCUAGGUUUCGGUGGCAGUUGUUUCCAGAAGGACAUCCUCAACCUGGUCUACCUCUGCGAGUCCCUCAACCUCCCCGAAGUGGCUGACUAUUUCCAUCAGAUUGUGGCCAUGAAUGACUACCAGAGACGUCGCUUCGCCCGCCAAAUCUUAGCCGCCCUGUUCGACACAGUCAGUCUGAAGAAGAUAGCUGUGCUCGGAUUCGCAUUCAAAAAGAACACAGGAGACACUAGAGAAUCUUCGGCAAUAUAUCUGUGCAAGUAUUUGAUUGAAGAAGGCGCCAGUUUGCAGAUUUACGACCCCAAAGUGACAGAAAAACAAAUGCGAUGGGAGAUUGGUCAGCUGACUGAGGCAGAGGCUCUGAAGGGCUCCUCAAUCACAGUGUGUAGCAGUGCAUACGAGGCAUGUGAUCAAUCUCACGCUGUAGUUGUCUGCACUGAGUGGGACGAGUUCAAGACCCUCGACUACAAAAAGAUUUAUGAUUCCAUGGCCAAACCCGCAUUCCUCUUUGACGGCAGACUCCUUCUAGAACAUUCUAAACUCCAGAAGAUAGGCUUCAAAGUGGCAUGUGUGGGAAAGAGACUGGAUGUGGCUGGCUAUUCUGUAGACACAAUGCCAGCAUCGCCCACUAUACCUUUAUAGAUGGGAGUGGGGGAGGAUUUUUAUUCUUAUAAUAGAGAGGGUGAUUUCAAAUGAAAGCUUUAAAGACUCGUUUAUAGACGGUUGCAAUAAAUUGGAGAAUUGUAUCAGCUAAUUUUUGCUAUCAAACAAAUUAGAUAAAAGUUUUUAUGUCAAGGUCACUUCUCAAAAAGGUCACCUGAUUUGAUAAUAAUGGCAGACUCCAAGUUCUUUAAACCUUAUUGUUAUAUUUGGUUCCAAUUUUUUGCAACUCUCUUUUGCAACUGGCCUUACGGAUAAAAAGAAAGAGCUGCGACAAAUCGACGCACAGCUAAUGUUUAAUUUGAUGAAUCUGGAACAAUGUGGCCAGUUUAUGUUGAUGGGUUCCAGAAAUUAAAGCAAAAUUGUCCAAAUUAAAAUUAUUUUUGCUCCUUUCUGCCUUGACAAAUCUUGUUUUUCAAAGUGUUCACCACCUUCUUUUAUCGAAUUCAUGCUUUAAUACAAAAAAAUGUUUGUUCAGAAGCUUGUAAGAAGGUUGCGAAUGUCGACUGUUAUAGAUUUCGACUAAGUGAAGUCUUUUGCUUUAGUAUCUGGUUAGCCUUCGCAUCUUAGAGUAUAUCAUAUCUAUAUCACAACGCAGUAGUCCAGUUAAUUAAAUCGGACAAUUGAACGAAAAAAUCUUGGGGAAUUUUAUACUCUUGAAGUCAAUCAAUUAUCAGUUAAAUUGCAUACAAAAAUGAUAGUUGGCUUCGUGGCGUGAGAAAAACGAGCAUGAAGACGGUUUCCCUUAUUUUGUUUGACAUGUAGAACGCGAAAACGGAGUAGCGCCCGUCGAGUGGGUUAAGGCACGCGUCUCUCAACACGAGGGUCUCGCGUUCAAAUCCCCUGUGGGUCACAGUUGAAGCGGUCCUAGUGUCAUCCGCCGCAAAGUGGGACCGGCUGAAUAAAUGCGCAUGCUGUUUUCGAAAUUUUUAUGAAAUUAUGUUUUCAGGGAAUUCUAUAAUUUAGGGACCCAACUAUCAUAUAUCGUUUGUAUCUCAUAAAUUGUGCUUUAGCCCAAUAAAUUUUGUAUUUUUUGUCAUUGUUUGAUGCUUAUUUUUCUAUGUAAUUUUCCUUGUAUUAUGGAGUAAGAGGCGAUUGUGCUGCACUUGUGAAUACCUUUUGACGCUGUAAUUUUCUUCAAGUAAUUGUUGUACAAAUUGACUUAAUUGGGUAAUUCAAAUUAUAUAUCUGU